AUGGCUGCGUUACAGCGCAUUCUAGAGCUGAACCAUAGAAGGCGUCGAAGAAGUCGUGUAUAUGACACUAAUGCACACCUUAGAAGGCAUUUCUUUCUAUUGGACAUCUAUUCGGAUGCUGCAAUUAUUGGAAAAUACAGGCUGCUGGGAGCGACCAUCAGGCAACUGAUUGACAACCUCGGGCCCCAGCUCCAGCGACCAACAGGGCGCACCUUUGCACUAAGUCCAACAGUGCAGGUGUUGACUGCCCUGCGGUUUUAUGCCACAGGGAGCUUUAUGGAGGUUGUCGGAGACAGUCUGGGCCUCAGCAAGGCCUCGGUGAGCCGUGCUGUAGCAGCAGUUACACCUUUGCUGCUACAGCAUGUGCAAUCCAUCAGCUUCCCCACCACAGCUGAUGAGAUCCUGCAGGCCAACCAGGCUUUUCAUGCAGUAGCCGAACUGCCGAGGGUGAUUGGAGCAAUUGACGGGACCCUCAUCCAGAUUGCGAGUCCGUCGCAGGAUGAGCCCAUGUUCAUCUGUCGGAAGGGGUACCCGGCCAACGUGGCCGGGUACCACCACGUCACCACGUCACCACGUCACCACCACGUCACCAACGUGGUGCUGGCCGAAGAUGGGGGGUUUGCUGAUAGCUGGCUCCUGGGCGACAGUGGGUACCCUCUUCACCCGUACCUGCUCACUCCGGUGCUUCAGCCAGCUACACCUGCGGAGCACAGGCACAACGAAGCUCAUGCCAGCACCCGCAACAUCGUGGAGAGGGCCAUUGGCAUCUGGAAGCAGCGUUUCCGGUGCAUCAGCCACUCCAGUGGUGGCCUCCAGCUGGCGCCGGACAAAUGCUGCUCUGUAAUUGUGGCAACUGCUCUUCUACACAACUUGGCAGUGCUAGCAAAUGCCCCGCUUCCUGAGGAGGGGUUGCUCCUGGAGGAUGUGGCAGGUCCUCCUGAAGUGCCACCUGAGCCUGGCAGACCCCAUGCUGCUGGGACAGAAACCAGGAGACGCCUUAUUAAUAAUUUAUUUGCUGAUUGA